AUGUUUGUUCGCAACCUGCUCCUCGCUGGAUCCGUGAUCAGCCUCGCCCAGGCGGCUCCUACCCAGACCAUCAAGGCGAUCGCCCGCGCGAUCGCUGCCACCGGUGAGAAGGUCACCAACGGGGCUGCCGUGAAGACCGUCAACGACAACGACGGUGUUGGUGCGGGCACAGACACCUACAAGCAGUACAACGGUGACGGUUCGACGGCCGCGGGCUGGCCCUCCCAGUCUCAGUGGGUUUCUUUCGAGGACAUGUUCAACGCCAACAAGGCCCUGAUGAAGGAGUCGUGCGCCCAGUUCGGCCAGGCCAACAACAGCGACGAGGAAAUCCAGGCCAUCCACGACGCCAUCGAGCAGAUCGCCGCCCAGACCUACGUCGACCACCGCUUCAUCCUGGCCGUCAUCAUGCAGGAGUCUGGCGGCUGUGUGCGCGCGCCGACCACCUACGGCAGCGUGGCCAACCCGGGUCUGAUGCAGGACCACGCAGGCAGCGCGAGCUGCUAUAACGUCAACCCGUGCCCAGCGUCGACCAUCACGCAGAUGAUCUCGGAAGGAACCGCCGGCACGACUAGCGGCGACGGUCUCGCCAACACCCUCAACGAGGCCCCCGCGGGCUCUGGCGCGCAGGCCUUCUACCAGGCUGCACGGAUCUACAACUCGGGCUCGAUCGACCCGUCUGGCGACCUCGGCAAGGGCGUCGCCACGCACUGCUACGCGUCGGACAUUGCCAACCGCCUGACCGGCUGGGUGACUGCGCAGAAGACCUGCACGCUGGACUAG